GUGUUACUAUGAAGCUUUCUUUGUUUUUUCCAAAUAACUCUUUUGGGGGGGAGGAAAUGUUUUCUGUAAUGACUUGAAUUUGAUCACUGAGACAUAUUUCUGACAUACAGCGCAGUUGCAGUCGUGUGUAUGUUUAUUUCAUCAGCUUCCAUUGGGAUUGGGGUGCAUUUCUCAACGUGUGGAUUAGUUCCCAGGAACUGUCUGUGAAAACAAAAAAGGUCUUAGAGAGGUUUUGUCUUUUAAGACACUAUCUGGACAAAGUUGAGACCAAAUAUUCCCGUUUGAUGCUCAGUGUGAUCACUUGCCCCGCAGCAGUUUAGCAUUGCAUGUUAUCAUUUAUUAUAUGUUAGUGAGCAGACAGUGUCCACUCCUCAGGGCACGACAGAGACUCUGUCACAGAUCGAGCUUGUUAACAUUUGCCCGGCCUGCGACACAGAAAUGUCCAGCUGGGCACUCAGAGCCACAGGCUAGCCAACAGUAAUGCUGCUUGCCACAGGCGUUAUGGUGAGCCCCGAAAAAACUAAAUCCCUGUUGACUGACUCUCCUGUUCGACCAAUCACUGUUGUCUGUGACCCUCAUUUAACCAAUCACAAGUGGCAUCUUGCGCUGCAGCGUGCCUUGUCACGCCCCGUGGUGGUUUGUGUUGUUUGCUGUCACCGCGGCAUAUAAGGGCAGCUGUUGGAGUGGAGGCCAGUGAACCAGAGAGGUCAAAGUUCAAAGAGUAAUGUUGUGUCAUCCUCACACUGGAGUACUGUCAGUCCUGGGACUCUGUGUGUGUUGCUUUUAAUGGGUGUAUUUAUUGCAUAUUUUGAUCAUAUUCAUUGUAUCUGAUCAUGUUUUGAUCAUUGCCCGAGGAAGACUUGUUGGUUGAAACAUCACUACUAGUUUUAAGAGACAACUCUGAUUCCAGUACUCCAUGUGCUGUUUUGAUCACAGCCCAUCCGACAGUGAAUGUUUAGCUAAUAUCUAUAUCAAUAAAACAGUUUACAGAAACACCAGCUGCUCUGUUAGACUGUACUGAGAAGCACUGGUGCUUUGUGCUCAAUGAUAACAUCAGCAUGCCAACAUGCUCACAAUGACAAUGCUAAUAUGCUGAUGUUGACCUGAUAUGGUUAGGGGGGUUACGGUUUUUUAACCUCAUGGUGGCGCUAGAGGAACAGUCAGGGUACAUCAAUACAUAGAUGCAUGUCAUGGCAUAAUUGCAUCCAUCCAAUAGAUAUUUCACUCCGGACUAAAGUGGUGGACUGACCGAAGAGCCACAGCACUCAAAACAAACUGCAGCGUCCACUUCUAUUUCUCAUUAUUCUGGUCUAUAGUCUGGACAAAGUCCCUCCAGCCAACGAUAAAUCUGAUGACUUCCAAAAUCUCGUGCAUCAAAUUUUGAUUGAGCGUUGGAGUAAGUCAAUUACUCAGUGGAUGUUAAUGGACAUUUAGGACGAACACCUCUUCCAGUUAAUCUGUGUUGUACAAAUGCACCCACUACAUGUGUCCUCUGAGGUAAAGGGCAUCCCAAUCGAUAGGAGCUGGCCACAGUAUGGACCGCUGGUUGGUCAUACAGGCUGUGCUUAAUACUUGGCAGCUAAGGCAACAGCAGGCUCUAGUUGAGAGGAGGGGGGGGCAGUAGCAAACCCCAACAACACCCCUCCACACACUCACUAAACAUUAGUGUGUGUGUGUGUGUGGGUGUGUGUGUGUGUGGAGGGGGGUAAAAGCUGGUUGAGACGGAUAUGAGGUAAUCUCCCUUGGGUUAACAGAAUGACAAUAGCACAGAGGUUCAAUCACACACACACACGGUCAUCUUUCAGACAGGCUGGUCAGUGACUUCAUCUCUGCCAGUCUGUCCCUCAGUCCUCUCUUUGUUGCUGGAUGGAUCAUCAUAGCGAAUGCAGCAGUACAAGAAUUCAGAUCUGAGGGAUGUUUUUGAUCUCAAUUUUUUAAGUGGACUUUUUUGUUUUAUUUGUGCAGCCGUCACUCCUGUUUGUAAUUUGUGUGUCAGGCUCUCAUCAGGAGGAUUAAACUGCUUUUAAUGAGUUCUAGUUUUUUAAGAUAACGGAGCAGCACAAGAGGGAGUUCUUGUCAUAGACAAACCGCUGCUGUUGUUGUUUUCCCGUUUACCAAAAUGGACAUACAGCGGCUCCAAGUGCUUCGUUACUGCCUCCCUCAGAGUGUCAGUGACUCAGGGUUGUUUUACAGCCACAUCGCCGUCAGUGAACAGAGUAUCUGCCAGGCGCGGGCCUCUGUGAUGGUCUACGACGAUGCCAGUAAGAAGUGGGUGCCCAUCAAGCCUGGGCAGCAGGGCUUCAGCCGCAUCAACAUCUACCACAACACUGCCAACAACACCUUCAGAGUGGUGGGCGUCAAACUGCAGGACCAGCAGGUGGUGAUCAACUACUCCAUAGUGAAGGGACUGAAAUACAAUCAGGCCACCCCAACCUUCCAUCAGUGGCGUGACGCCCGCCAGGUUUAUGGGCUGAACUUUGCCAGUAAGGAGGAGGCCACCACCUUCUCCAACGCCAUGCUGUUCGCCCUCAACGUCCUCAGCUCACCUGACAGUGGAGGUCCAGUCGUCCAGCGCCAAAAUGGGCCCUCCUCAGAGGAAAGCGAGGCCCAGAGGAGGAUGAUGGAGCAACAUCAGAUGCAGGCGCACAAGGAGAGGGAGCGACGAACGUCAGGAUCAGUCGUUUCCACUCUCCAAUAUAAAGUGUCCACUCCUCCCACCCACCCAAACACCCCUCCUGAGUACAGACAGUACAGAGCUAGCACACUGCCACCCUCCUAUGUCCGUGUGGCCUCCUCUCCUCCCUCCUCCACCUCCUCUCCCUCUCAGGAGAAAGAGGUAGGGGCUGCUAGGGAGAGAGCCCAGCUCUCCUCCCAGCUCUCCACCUCGCUCGCCUCAGCCUUUUCCCCAGUCCAGGCAGGAGUGACCACCCAGGGCCGACAGGUCCGUCAGAUACCCCUGUCUCCUCCCACAGCAGCUCGCCACCUACACCUUCAACAACAACAGCAGCAACAAGACUUCUCGCUCCCCCCAAAACACGGCACCUGGUCCGCCUCCCAUUUGCAGCAAAUGUACACCCAAAUGCCCCCUUCCGCUUCCCCUCCAGUUAUGAUGGCCAUGCCUGUGAAGCAGGGUUUGCCCCAACAGCCCACCCCCCCGUUGGCUCACCCCCUCCCGCCCCUGAGCACUAGAAUGAAGCCCCCACCUCUUGACCCAAACGCCGUGACGGGCCAUCACCAGUACCCCCAGCACCAGCCCCACCCUCACUCCAACGGCCAGCCAGACGGCCCCUACUCUCCUCAUUCUCAGCAUCUGCCACUCACCCCGCAGUACUGCGAGGCCGUCCCCCUGCCUCCUCUGAUAGGUCAGACAGCCCCAGGCCCCGCCCCCAGCCACCAGCCCCAGUACCCAUCCACCUUCCACCCUCAGCAGCAACUGUAUCUGCAACAACAACAACAACAGCAACAGGUGUACCACCAGCAGGCCCAGCCCCCCACCACCACUUCCUCCUCCUCACCCCCCUCUUACACUGCCAUGUCUGACGGGGGCUCGCCCAAGAAGACCCCCUCCCCUGUCCCCCAGCAGGCCCCCAUGUUCAGCAGCAGCCCCCCUGUCUCUGCAGGUAUGCUUUCUGUGGCGCCUCCUCCAGCUACAGUUCCAGCACCCAUGGCUGGUCCUCCAGCCCCCCCACCGCCACCCGGUCCACCACCCCCAAUGGCGGUUCCCCCACCCAUGCCCCCUCCACUACCCACUGGUGGAGGGCCUCCUGGGGGCCCACCCGGUGCCCAGCACCAACCCUCAGGACUGGCUGCAGCACUGGCUGGAGCCAAACUACGUAAAGUACAAAGGGAUGAGAGCAGUCCGCCCGGGUCUAGUGGCAAAAGUGACUCCAACCGGUCUAGUGGUGGCAGUGGAGGUGGUGGGGAGGGACUAAUGCAGGAGAUGAAUGCCUUACUAGCUCGCAGACGGAAAGCUUCAGAGAAACCUGAUGAAGACGACCCUAGAGGGCCAGGUCAGCAGAACUCAACGGAUGCUAUGAAAAAGCCAUGGGAACGAUCCAACUCUGCAGACAAGUCCUCGCUGGUGUCCAGAGUGAGACCCAUCGGCAGCACUAGUGAAUCAGACACAGAAUUUGACAGAAUGAAACAGGAAAUUUUGGAUGAAGUUGUACGUGAGUUGCAUAAAGUGAAAGAUGAAAUCAUUAAUGCCAUCAGACAAGAAAUCGGCAGAAUCGGUACAUCCUAAUCUCAUCUGAGCAACAGUAGGAGAGCAAGAGGAGGAUGGACAUGCAGAUGCACAGACACGAGGACCAGGGGAAUGUUCUCUCAAUGUUUCUGUGACCCUGCGAUGCCAUGAUGCAAGUUGCAGAGAUGUUGUGCCAACAUUUGAGUCUGCUGGACAGCGAAAAUGGAAGAGAGAAACAGAGAGAAGGGGUUAAUGAGACAGGAGAGCGGAAUGAGAACAGAGGGAUGCUGAAAGAAGGAUUAAAGGACUGACAAACUCAAACGGAGGAUGAAAAAUAUACUAAAAGAUGAAUUGAGGGAUGGACGGACAUUCGUGCUGAGUUUGGUGUUGUGGUCCUCUCUGUGCACCUAUAGACUCAGUCAGCCCAGUGUUGCAGCUCUUUGUUCUCUGUUCAGUCCAAGUCUUAAGAAGAAAAUAUUUUUGUUUUCUAAGUUUUUACUGUUUUAUUAUUUAAAAACUGUGGUGAUAAUGAUGAUGCUGUUGAUGACAAUGAGUAUUUUAUUGAUAUUAUAGAAGGAGAAAGGAAUCUUGCACACCAUUUAUGUCAGCCUUUUAUAUUUUCUAUUAUUUGUUUGUUUAGUUUAUCCCUAACUAUUUCAUAAUAACAAGCACAAGAGGGCAUAAUGGUGCUGCAGACUCACCUGCCCUCGACUGGCAUAUUUUAAAAAACAAAACAAAAAAACAGGCUUUUCAUGACUUUGUUCAUACUGGUGUUGUGUUUGUAACCUAUUCUCUCCAGAGAUGUUGGAAAACAUCUUGUUUUCGCCACAAUUAGCUACUUAAAAUACCUCUUUCCUCCAGAUCCGAGGAUUAACGCAUCGCAGAUGAGCAAAUGAUGUUUGGCAAUUGACCAGAUAACACACAACAGUCUGUAUAACUCCAGUGUGACCGAGGUUCAUGUCUCUACCUGUUCAUAUGUGCGAGAUCAUUGAAACUUGGGGAUUCCUCACAAAACAGGCCGAUAACUGUAAAUGUGCCACCUGGUUUUACGUAGAUAUAAAACAAUGUAGUACUACAUCCUAUACUUUGUGAACCUCCCAAGUAUGCAUGAAACCCCAUCUCUAUGAAUUUAUUUGAUUUUGAAAAAAAGAAAAAAUACAAACGGUGGUACAUUUAUCAAUGUGGUUUGUUUCCAUGAAGAUUCCCCCUUCUAUAUAUGAGAUGUUGAACUUGAUAAUGGUAGCAAUGUGGGGGGGGGGGUUGCUAUGGCAAUGUGCAAAUCUUACCAGAUAAGAAUGUGCAGAAAGUGAAUGGUAGGCCUAUGUGAUGGUAGCUAAAUGUGUCUUUGCAGAAAGGAUUUGGUUCAAUAUUGGUUGUUGCAUUCUAUCCACUCUGUCCUCUCUCAAAUACGUUCUAAUUUAAAAGCUGGAAGUAAAUUCAUUCAAAC